AUGCGGCUACAGUGGAAGGCAGGAGUGGGGCAACCACUGAUGGGCUGGAGGAAGCGUGGAAAAGCAGAAGAGGAAUCCAGCGCCCUCAUGGCUGUACUGAGAGAACUUCACGCUGAGAAGAAGAGGCUGACGGAUCCCGAGAAAGCAGAGGAGGAGGAGGAAGAAGAAGAUGAUGAUGAUGAAGAUGAUGAUGAUGAUGACGAUGAUGAUGAUGAUGACGACGAUGAUGAUGAUGAUGAUGAUGAGGAUGAUGAAGAAGAAGAAGAAGAGGAAGAGGAAGAAGAAGAGGGGGAAGAAGAGGGAGAAGAAGAAGAAGAGGGAGAAGAAGAAGAGGGUGAAGUAGAGGAGGAGGAGGUAGAAGAAGAGUUGGAGGCCACGGAGCCUCCCACCGAUCAAACAGAAACACACAGUAGCUUCACCGAGUCUCCUCUUGGUGAGUGUCAGACCACUGACAGAGAAAUCAGCUGCAGGGGCAUCGGCAUGACUCACCUGCCAAUCAUCCACAACCUGGAGGCCACAAAGCUGGACAUGGCAGAAAACAACAUCAGAAUCCUGGAGCCACUGGUUUUCUCUGGCCUGUUGAACCUUGACACACUGGACCUGAGCAAAAACCAGCUGGACGAUGAGUCUUUCAGUGCAAAGCCCCUGACUAACUUGACCUUUCUGAAGAAACUUUACCUGGAUGGCAACCUGCUCACCAGGAUCCCACCACUGCCGCUGUCUCUCACAGAACUCAGGCUGAACAGCAACAAGCUCACUACACUCACACCGGACUGUUUCAAAGGUCUGAGGAACCUGUUGAGUCUGGAGCUGGAGGAGAAUAUUCUUCAUGAGGGCAGUGUGUCACUGCUCGCCUUCAGACCUCUGAAGAAGCUCCUGAGACUCCAAUUGGACAACAACCGCUUCCGUUCCCUUCCUCUGGGCCUUCCUCGCUCUCUUCAGGAGCUGGAGAUGAAUGGAAACCAGAUUGUGGAGGUGUCAGAGGAGCCACUGAGGGGCUGUGUCCAUCUGAAAGCGCUGGACCUGAGUCACAACCAGCUGCACGAGCAAAGGAUCGGUGACCUCGCCUGGACCCGUGUCAAGUCCCUGGAAGCCUUGGACUUGUCCUUCAACCAGUUCACCUCUGUCCCGAUGAAUCUGCCUCGUCCUCUCCACAAACUGAACCUCCAGCACAACAACAUCAGGGACAUCCCCACCUUCGCGUUCCGCCACCUGCGGCCCGGCCUACGCUCCCUUCGGUUAUCCCACAAUGCCUUGAGCAACGAGGGUUUACAGCGACCGUCUUUUGUUGGAACCUACCGCUCCCUGGGCGAGCUCCUAUUGGACAACAAUCACCUGCGGGAGGUCCCUCGCUGUGUGCGGCAGUUUAAGAACCUGCAGGUGCUCAGACUGGACAACAACCAGAUCAGGCUGGUGAGGCGCUGGGGAGUGUGCCAUCCUCGUAACUCCGGCUCGACCUUGGCUUCAGUCCACUUGGAAAAUAACCCACUGGAAAUGGAGAAGAUUCCCCCAAAUACCUUCUCCUGUCUGAUAGAUGGCCAGGGACUGGUCCUGUAGCUGCAGCAGAGUCACACAUCUGACCACCAGACCACACAGAUACACACAAUGGAACAGUAAACAUGUGCAUUAUCAUCAGAGUUUUCAGCAUUUCGUCUUCUCCCUCUACUGCUCCUCUCAUUUUAAUCUUCCUAAAAUCAGGAAGGAUUUGCAGAAAAAUCAUGUAGUUUGCUUAGUCAGGCAGAGCUCCUUUCAUUUUAUCAACACCAAACCCAUCUUUUUCUCUCGCAUCUCAUCUGUGAUUAUGGAAAUGACUGUAAUGUUUUGCUCCGUAUUAAAGCCAAUGUGUAAUUUA